AUGUGGCCCUUCCUCAGCCACGCUCUCUUCCCACCCCCGACCCAGGCCUGGCUGCAAAGGGCUUCCUCGGACCCUGAGGCCCAGGGCUGGGGGGCCUGGGGCAGGGCCGAGAAGCCCCCUCUGGAGCCAGGGAGUGGGGACAGGAAGGAGGGGGACCCAGGGGAAGCGGAGAAAGACCCCGAAGAUGCAGGCUUCCCCCUGUCUCUCUUGGAGGGGGUGGAGCUAGCCGAGUACCCGGAACCCGACCAGGAGCUGGAGGCCAUCAAAGUGAAGCUGUGGGCCAUGGAGCAGGCCCAAGGACCGGAGCCGCCUGGGGCGCAGGGCCAGGCGGGACGGGAGGAGGGCGCCGGGGCCACACCGGCCAGGCAGCUGCUGAGCCCCGAGGCAGGUUGCACCUGCCCUGGGCCCCCCACGGAACAGCUGGAGUCUGACCACAGAUCCGUCUAUGUGGGGAAUGUGGACUAUGGGGGCACAGCUGAGGAGCUAGAAGCCUACUUCAACUCCUGCGGGGAGGUUCACCGGGUCACCAUCCUAUGCGACAAGUUCUCUGGACACCCCAAGGGCUACGCCUACAUAGAGUUUGCUGCCGAGAGCUCAGCCCAGGCCGCGGUGGCGUUGGACAAGAGCAUCUUCCGAGGCCGAGUCAUCAAGGUGCUGCCCAAAAGGACCAACUUGCCGGGGAUCAGCUCUACCGACCGCGGGGGCUUCCGAGGACAGCCAGGCGCCAGAGGAGGACCGUUCCCCCGCAGCAGCCUCCGGGGCGGGGCCCGCUUCAGACCUCGGGGGCGGAACCGGGGCCGUGGACGGUUUUCACCUUGGUAUUCACCGUAUUGAAGGGAGGAUCCGAUUUUGAGAGUGGGGCUGGGGUGGGUCGAGAGUAAAGGGCCGUGCUCUGGGCGGGGCCGUUUAUUCAGCGCAGAGUAACCGCUCUGUCCCCGUCACGGUCCAGGGCCUCCCACCGCGGCCCAGACCCCGCAGCCGGAGCCAAAAACGUCUCUCGCAUGAAGCAGGGCACGGGGGUGGGGGCUGCGGCUGGCACGGAGGGCUACUCGGGGCUUUGGAAGGCACUGGGCAAAGCCUCCGGCAGGCGGCGCUGAGUCAGCUCGGGGCUAAGUCGUUUUAAAGAAAAGUAGAAACGUGUC